CUGUCACCACUCUGAUUCCCACUCAGUCACGCGUUGAACAUUUUGCACCGCCUGCAGUCAGUUAAUGGCGUCUCAUCUCACAGCUUCGCUGAUACUCCCAUGAGUCCCUCCCUCCCUCCCUCGGCCCCCACACGUAUAUUACCUGACCUCCUGCUCACCUUUGGCUGCAUGUGUGCUUGCUUCUCUGCCAGUUCUCAAGUCGAGCUGCCAGUAAUCAGGUUCGUUGCAGUCAGUGCAUAUCGCGAGGAGAUUUGUGGAGAGAGAGAGGGAGGGUGAAGUGGGUGGAGAAGCGAUGGCAGUCUGUGGGAAGAAGGUGUUGCUGGUGACCCUCCUGGCGGCCCUCCUGGUGGCAUCCACUCAAGCUGCGGUGACGGUGGUGAACCUUGCACAGGCAUUGAGCAUUCUGGUGAAUGGAGCGAACGUGGACGUGAAGACCGGUAGUGUGUCGGUGGAUGUAAAGGGGGCUAAGAGUCAGGAUAUUGUGGUGAAAGGACCCGAUGGGAAGGAUAUCAAGGUGAAUGUGAAGGAUGGGGAUGUGCUUGUGCUGGUGCCGAACAUUCUGGGCAAUGGUGGCAUCAUCGUCAACGUCAAUGGCGUUCAGGCUCCUUAAAUUUGUUCAGGGGUAUCGCUAGAGACGCUGCAAUAGCCGUCCACUUCCCAUAUUUAGCCACAUAACCUGCAGACUUCGAGCGUGUAGGUUAUGUCCUUUAAGCACGUUGGGGUUGACACAACAAACGCUCUUUCGCUCAAGAGCUUGUUUGAAUUAUGUGGCAGUUUUAUAAGUUUCAAGAAGGCGGAGAAUUACUUGCCUCCGACAAUUACGUGUCUGAUAUGUUGCACGAUAAGUAAAAGAAUUGCAAGGCUUGUUCCGACAAGUUUUGCGCAUUGUCUUCAGUCUCCACUAAUUCUCGUUUCAUAGAAUAUUUCUAUUUGUGGUACUUACUGUUCACACCAUAUAUGUAACAGAAUGACACCAAGGGUACAGUGACUACCUAUGUGCCGAGAUAUAUAUGGUUGCUGGCUGCAUUCACAAGAAUAUAGCAUUCAUCUCAUACAGGGUCACAAGCUUUGCGAAUUUCAAUUAA